AUGGACCCACUUCUUGUGAAGCAAGAAGACCAAUGGCAGCGUCUGCAGAAGGCGUUUCAGAAUUACAAAAAGUCUCCCAAGGAGCGGAUUACACCAGCUUAUAUAGAAGCAAGACUCGAACAAUUAGAGAAUUUAUACACAACAUUCAUUAAUCAACACACAGAAAUAAUAUCUCAAGUCUCAGCCGACGAUAGGAAGAAAUUAUAUUAUUUUAAAAACGACACUAUUGAUGCAUUUGAAGAAGUCUACUUAGAUUAUAAAGUUAAAAUGAAAGAAGAUUUACGUGCAAUUUCUCCAUCGACAUCAAGGCAAUGUGGUGCUAUCGCAGAGACAUCUGCAUCAACUUGUGAAGUGAGAUUACCUCAAAUCAAUUUGCCUUCAUUCUCAGGAGCAUACGAUGAAUGGCAAACCUUUUAUGACAUGUUUGUCUCGCUUAUUCACGAGAAUACAAGUUUAAGUGGUGUACAAAAAUUGCACUACUUAAAGAGUAGCUUGUCGGGAGAACCUGCAAAUCUGCUCAAAAACUUGACGACGAUAGAAACAAAUUAUGCUGAAGCGUGGAAACUGUUGAUCCAGCGAUACAAUAACUUACGAUAUAAUACCAAUGAAAUAAUGAAGAAGUUAUUUUAUCAGCGAAAUAUCCCUUCAGAUUCAGCAGUAGGCUUAAAGCAACUGUUAGAUACUACCACUGCAUGUUUGAAAUCAUUGAAGAAUUUAAAAAUUAAUGUGGACCAUUGGGAUGUCAUCGUCAAUUAUUUAGUUGUGUCUAAGUUAGAUCCUGAGUCCCGGAAGCAGUGGGAGAUACACGUUAGUCAAUCUGAAUCAAAUUCACUACCCACCUGGUUUUGCCGUCAAUCAACAUGCUGUCGACGCUGUGGUAAACGCCACCACAGUCUGUUACAUCUGGAUAGAAAACAAGAAUAUCAGAAUCAGGCUCCUGCCGAGUCAAAGGAGCUUAGUGAGCUAUCUAAAAAUACUGAGAGAGAUAUUAAGAUUUCAACUAAUUUUGCACAUGAGACGCAAAGUGAGGUAUUACUAGCUACAGCUGUAGUUAAGAUCAAAUCAGACACCGGAUAUUCUCAAAUAGUACGAGCACUCGUUGACCAAGGCUCCGAGGCAUCUUUUAUUAAUGAAGCUACAGUUCAAGCCUUGGGUCUAAAACGAUCUUCAGUUAAUGGUGUGAUAUCUGAAGUGGGCGACGGAGAGACGCGCACUCAGAGCAUGGUGUCAUUUCAAGUAGAAUCACGUCACAAUUCAUUUACGAUAUCAGUUAAUGCCUAUGUGUUGAGCACUCUCACAUCUUUUAUACCAAAUAAUUCAACGUUCAUCACGGAUUGGCCAGAAAUCGAGAAUUUAUCACUGGCAGAUCCGCAUUUUGGAGAACCGAGCAGAGUUGAUAUUAUUCUAGGCGUUGACGUUUUGAGCGAAAUUAUAUUAGAGGGCCUAAAACGACACCCAACCGACUGUGGUCCUAUUGCACAGAAUACACAGUUUGGUUGGAUUUUAUCAGGAAGAGUUAAGACGGCCAAGCAAUCAAAUCCAAGAAUCAUAAGUCUACAUCUACAAGUGAAAGAAGAUCAACAGUUAAGCAAAUUCUGGGAGAUAGAGAGAGGAUCAGAGAGUAUAGAAAAGCGUAUGACGAAAGAUGAGAUAAUUUGUGAAGAAAUUUUUGAGAAGACUAUAACAAGAGAUGAAAACGGGAGGUAUGUAGUAACGUUGCCGUAUAAAGACGAUGAUCCACAGUGUUUUAGGGGCAAAUCGAAGGAGACAGCACUACGAAGAUUUAUAUCAUUAGAAAAGAAAUUAUUAAGAAAUCCAAGGUUAUAUGAUGAAUACAAAAAGGUAAUAGCAGAUUACAUAAAUCAGAGCCACAUGGUUAAAGUUACGGACGACAAGUCUAAGAAAGUUUUUUACCUCCCACAUCACGCUGUUGUGCGGGAAGAUAAAGAUACAACCAAAGUGAGGUGUGUCUUUGAUGCGUCUUGCAAGGCCUCUAACAAUGUGUCUUUAAACGAUUGUUUCAUUAUAGGUCCUAAGCUUCAACAGGAUCUAAGACACAUUCUGAUGAGAUGGAGAUUACAUCCAUACUGUGUGGUGGCAGACAUUGAACAAAUGUAUAGGCAGAUUCGAGUGCGAGAUGAGGAUACUGAUAGCCAAAGAAUUUUGUGGAGGUUCGACCCAAACCAGGAAUUAGAAUGCUAUAAAUUGGUAAGACUCACUUUCGGUACGUCGUGUGCACCAUAUUUAGCAGUAAAAUGUCUACAACAAUUAGCCAAGGAUGAACAAUUGAAGUAUCCAAUAGCGGCAAAAAUAAUACUAGAAGAUUUUUAUAUGGAUGACUUAUUAUCGGGAGGAGAAACAGAAGAUGAAGUCAUUGAGAUUUACGAGCAAUUGAAUAAAGUAAUGAAGGCUGGAGGAUUCAAUCUACAGAAAUGGUGCACAAAUAGUGAGAAAUUACUUAAAUACAUUAAAACAGAUAAGCAAAGGGCGGAUUCAUCGUUGGUUUUUAAAGAAAAUGAUAUGGUCAAGGUUUUGGGUAUAAGCUGGAAUAAGAACACGGAUAGAUUCGAAUAUAUACAUAAAUUGCCUGAAACCGAGUGCCCCAUCACUAAAAGGAAGAUAUUGUCAGAAAUAGCGAGGCUGUACGAUCCUUUAGGAUGGAUCGCACCUGUAGUUGUUACUGCUAAGGUUUACAUGCAGAAAUUGUGGAAGUCAGGUUUGUCUUGGGAUGAUGAAGUCACACAAAAUCUGUUAAAGGAAUGGCUUGAAUUUAAAAGAAGUUUGGUUAAGGUCAAAGACAUAAUCAUACCGAGGUGGUUGCAAGUAAAGCGCGGCAAUCACGUCGAGUUGCAUGCAUUUGCCGAUGCCUCACAAACAGCUUACGCUGCAGCUGUAUAUGUUAAGGCUAGGGAUGAAAAGGGCAAUUACAAUGUGAAUUUGGUUACAGCUAGAACCCGUGUUGCGCCAGUUGAGAAGGAAGUGUCGAUUCCCCGCUUGGAGCUUUGUGCAGCUCUUCUGGCAGCUCAAUUAAUUUCCGAAGUAUCACAAGUUCUGAAGGUUAGUAAAGAGAACCUAUAUGCUUGGUCUGACUCCACGGUGGUGCUAGCGUGGCUUCGUGGUGAACCAAGCCGAUGGACAACAUUUGUUAGUAAUCGCGUGUCUGAGAUUCUAACUAUGAUGGGCCGUGAUCAGUGGAAUCACGUGGGCACUAGGUUCAAUCCUGCAGAUUGUGCUUCGCGCGGUUUGCCAGCAGAAGACCUUAAGGAAAAUAUGUUAUGGUGGCAUGGUCCUGAAUGGUUAAAAGAUGAGGACAAUAUUGAAUUCCCUGUUCAGAAGGUCUUUACGACCGAGGAGGAACAGAGACCCGUUAAGGCUAUGACUACUGUCAUUCAAUUAGAUGAAGAAUUUAUAUGGAGAAGAUUUUCGAGGAAGAAAUCAAACAGUUAA